GGCCCGCAAGGAUUUGAAACCGUUUGGCUCGGGCGGCGUCGGCGGCGGCGGCCGAGCGGAAAGCUUGCGUGUGGUGGCGCCAGGUUCUCAUUUUUUCCGAAUUUCCUUCCCCUGCCCUUCCCACCAGAUUCUCGAGUGGAAUUUUGCGCCAGUGGCCGCCGCCCCGCCCUUGCGGGCCCGUUCGGGGAGGGGCGUCGCCCUUAGGCCAUGGGCCCGUUCUGCGGGCCUGGGGGGCGCGCGCCCAGGGGGUCCCAGCGCUGUCCGCUGUGGUGUCCCCGAUAGGCAGAGCGCAGUCCAGGCCGGGACGGCUUGGGAAAGUUCUGAGUAAAGUUUGAUCAGCCGGUUUGAUCGGUCUGACAUGGUCAAGGAGUCUGACCCAAGGGUUUGCGACUGGGAGAGGAAAUCUGUGUCCUGGACAAGAUUGGAUUAUGGAAGUGGGAAGUGAAGAAGAAAAAUGGGAGAAGCUGGAUGCAGAAUUUGAUCACUUUGUGGUUGAUAUGAAGCCCUUUGUUCUAAAAUUACCCCAUAGGACAGAACGGCAGAGGUGUGCUCUUUGGAUUAGAAAGCUGUGUGAGCCUUCAGGAACAGGUGCAGGAACAAUGGGGAGGAAGAAUCGGAACCUGUAUGCAAAAUUGUUAUUGCAUAUGCUUAAACGAGGUGUGCUUGAAGGCCCUUUUACACACCGACCUGAACCCGGGACACUAAAAAUUCUACCUUCAUACAUGUCCAUCUAUUUUGAUGAACCAAAUCCAGCGCAAGCAAAAGGUUCAAGCCCAGAGGGAUUACCAGCCUGGGUACUGGGUGAGCUGGAGACAAGUGAACACAAAUUAAAUGAAUCAUGGAAACUUUCUUCCGGAGAAGAUAACACUUUGGUACAGUCGCCAACUGAUGUCUACAGCAGGGAACAGUACACUGGGAAGCUCCGAAUGAGGUCACAUUCUAUGAGUCCAACUCACAGAGAAGAUGGACAAAAUAUUACCCCAAAGAUUUGUGAAGUUUAUUCGAAAAAAUCUCCUGUUUCUUUGGAUGAUAGUGACAUUGAAGCUCGCCUUAAUAGUUGGAAUCUUGGGAUAGAAAAUCCUCGAUACCUGAGACAGAAGCCUAUCCCAGUUUCUCUGCAGAUGACACCGAAAUUCAGCCUGAGAAAAUCCAGCAGUUUCCAUGAUGAUCAUUUUCUCUCUCGAAUACGUGAGAAAGAGUUGGACAUGAAAACAAAAAUGAUGGAAGCUAAAUUUCAUGAAGAAAAGCUUAAGCUGCAACAGAAACAUGAUGCUGAUGUUCAGAAGAUUUUAGAAAGAAAGAAUAAUGAAAUAGAGGAACUGAAAACUUUAUACAGGAGUAAACAACACGAAACUGAAGAGACUAUUAGAAAGCUUGAAAAGAAAGUUCAGACACUGAUACGUGACUGUCAAGUUAUCAGAGAGACUAAAGAAGAUCAGAUUGCAGAGCUAAAAAAGAUAUGUGAACAAAGCACAGAAUCUCUAAAUAAUGACUGGGAAAAAAAGCUUCACAAUGCUGUAGCAGAAAUGGAACAGGAAAAGUUUGAUCUUCAAAAGCGACACACUGAAAACAUUCAAGAAUUGCUUGAGGAUACAAAUGUGCGUCUGAAUAAAAUGGAGAGUGAAUAUAUGGCGCAAACACAGUCCACAAACCACAUGAUCAAAGAACUGGAGGCCCGUGUCCAGCAGCUGACUGGAGAAGCAGAGAACAGUAAUUUACAGAGGCAGAAAUUAAUUCAAGAAAAAGCGGAACUUGAAAGAUGUUACCAGAUAACGUGUAGUGAAUUACAAGAAGUAAAAGCAAGGCGUAACACACUGCAUAAAGAGAAGGACCAUCUUGUAAAUGAUUAUGAGCAAAACAUGAAACUGUUACAAACCAAAUACGAUGCUGAUAUAAACCUUCUAAAGCAAGAACAUGCUCUUUCAGCUUCUAAGGCAUCUAGUAUGAUUGAAGAAUUAGAACAGAAUGUCUGUCAAUUAAAACAGCAGUUACAGGAAUCAGAACUUCAAAGAAAGCAACAACUAAGGGAUCAAGAAAAUAAGUUUCAAAUGGAGAAAAGUCAUUUAAAACACACCUAUGAAAAAAAGGCUCAUGACUUGCAGAGUGAACUUGAUAAAGGAAAAGAAGAUACUCAAAAGAAAAUUCAUAAAUUUGAGGAAGCUUUGAAGGAAAAAGAGGAGCAGCUUACUCGUGUGACUGAAGUUCAGAGGUUGCAGGCCCAGCAGGCAGAUGCCGCUCUGGAAGAGUUUAAGCGGCAGGUGGAACUGAACUCAGAGAAAGUCUAUGCUGAAAUGAAAGAGCAGAUGGAAAAAGUGGAGGCAGAUCUAACUAGAUCCAAAUCUCUUCGUGAGAAACAAUCAAAGGAGUUUUUAUGGCAACUGGAGGACAUCAGACAGCGGUAUGAACAACAGAUAGUAGAGCUGAAGCUGGAGCAUGAACAGGAGAAGACGCACCUAUUACAGCAGCAUAACGCAGAGAAGGAUAGCCUAGUCCGAGACCAUGAACGGGAAAUUGAAAACCUGGAAAAACAGCUUCGCGCUGCCAAUAUGGAGCACGAAGAUCAAAUUCAGGAGUUCAAGAAACGAGAUGCACAGGUUAUUGCCGACAUGGAGGCCCAGGUUCACAGGUUGAGAGAAGAACUGAUCAAUGUGAACUCACAGCGGAAACAGCAGCUGGUAGAGCUUGGUCUUCUUCGUGAAGAGGAAAAGCAAAGGGCUACAAGGGAACACGAGAUUGUUGUCAACAAACUGAAGGCUGAAUCAGAAAAGAUGAAAAUAGAGCUGAAAAAGACUCAUGCCGCUGAGACAGAGAUGACACUGGAAAAGGCCAACAGCAGGCUGAAGCAGAUCGAGAAGGAAUACACUCAGAAACUCGCCAAAUCUUCACAGAUCAUAGCAGAACUUCAGACAACCAUUUCCUCUCUGAAAGAGGAGAACAGCCAGCAGCAGCUUGCUGCAGAAAGGCGGCUCCAGGAUGUUAGACAAAAGUUUGAAGAUGAGAAGAAGCAGCUGAUUAGAGAUAAUGACCAAGCAAUCAAGGUUUUACAAGAUGAAUUAGAAAACCGUUCUAAUCAGGUGCGAUGUGCAGAGAAAAAAAUACAACACAAAGAAUUGGAGUCACAGGAACAGAUAACUUACAUACGACAAGAAUAUGAAACAAAAUUGAAAGGGUUGAUGCCAGCAUCCCUAAGACAAGAACUUGAAGACACCAUUUCCUCCCUAAAAUCACAGGUUAAUUUUCUGCAAAAGAGAGCCUCCAUCCUUCAAGAAGAACUGACUACAUACCAAGGCAGAAGGUAACUGCACAAGAGAAUGCAAUGGAUACAAUUUCCAGGCUGCACUGUGGACUUCUUCCAGCAGGUUUGAAGAUUUGGAUAUUGUAAACUGUGAGAUCAGUGGCAUUUUUAAAAUCCUUAAAUGUAAUUAAGAUCAUAAAAACAUGCAUCAUUCAUACGCUAGUGGGGUGGUUUUAUUUGUGUCUGCCUAAGUUAUUUUUUUAACAUUCCUUUGUUUUUGAUUUUCAUAUUUGUGUGCAUUUGAGUAUGUGCUGAGAACUGCUUAUAUUGGGCAAAGAAAUGAUUUCUUAUGAUACGCCUUGUUAAUCCUUUUGCAUAGAAUUUUACUAGUUGCGUACGAUCAAAAUCACGUUUAUAGUAUCAUAUCAAAAAUUCUGACCUGUUUACACUGUUUUCAUGUUCACGUUCAUAUAUUAUUAAAAUAUUAUUUUGUA